AUGGAUAGUCUAGCACAGCAAUCGUCAAAUGAAGCCAUUAGAUUAAUAAACAAAUAUAUUGCAGUAUUUACCGCAGCAGAAGUGUCUGAGAAAACUCUUCUUCUAAUUGCUCUAUUUUCAAUCAUAUCUGUUGUUCUGUUUGGGCUGGUGUGCAUAUAUAAAAAGAUGUUCGCUGCCUCUGAUGCCUAUAAAAAGCAUCCACAUGUCAUAAUUUAUGCUGAAAAGAAUGAAGUAAAAAUAAAUUCUGAGGGCUUUGGUGUGCUACAGGACAGACAGAAAUCACUUUGUAAAAUGUGCAUUGCUCGAGCCCGCUUAAUUGAAGGCUUCAGAAUGUUCUCCAGUCUUCUAUCAGAUAAUCAGAAGAAACAAGCCAUCUAA